AUGACUGGACGGCAGGACCUCGAUGAGGUCACAGAUUGGCUUCCGGUCAAUCGAUCAUCUAAACCAGCAGACUUGUUUCUGCUGCAGGUGAGCAACAUGUUCAUCGUGUCGCUAGCCGUCGCCGACCUCAUAGUCGGCCUGAUCGUCAUGCCAAUGUCAACCAUCUACAUCUUCACGGGCAGCUGGCCCUUUGGCGUGGCCGUUUGCCAGAUCUGGAUCGGCAUAGACUACACAGCAUCCACCGCCUCCAUUCUUAACCUCUUCAUCCUCAGCUUGGACCGCUACUGGUCCGUACGCGCGCCUCUCCAGUACCUGCACAAACGCACGCGCAAACGGGCCCUCAGCAUGAUCUCCCUUGUGUGGGUGGUCAGCUCGUUGUGGGUCAUCCCCAUCGCCGGGUGGCACUACUUUGCUCACGGUGGCCACCGGACCGUCCCGCCGGAUGUGUGUGACACGGAGUAUGCCAAAGACUCGGUCUUCAAAGCCGUGACAGCUUUCUUCAACUUUUACCUCCCUCUGUCUGUCAUGUACACUUUGUACAUCCGCAUCUUCAUCGAGAUCCGCAAAAGAUCUGAGUUCGAGCUGGGCCAGCGGAUUCCGGGCAGGAAAAGACUGUCGUACCACGUGAAGACCAACCCUGGCCUCUCUCACGAUGACCGAGACAGCGACCAGGGCGACGACACAUUCUCGGAAGGAUCACCUCACGCGCAUGACGUACCACGAUGGACAAAUUGUGGCGUUGCAGCAGUCCAAUAUUGCGGCGGUGGCAGCAGCAGUAGUAGCAUGGACUCGAACAACAGGGUCCGGCAAAACGGCGCGAGGACCAAGCCCCACAGCGGGACAAGAACAUUGCGGCUGCCGACUUCUCGGCGGCCCGUGCUGAGUGCACGGGAAGCGCCAUCGCCUCUAAUGUCGACGUCUGUGAGAACAGGACCUCGAAAGGUGGAAUAUAUUUACGACGAGAACGUUCUAGAUCCCCAGACGGAGAAAUUAGAGCGUUACUUCUACGAGGAUCACGUGACGAGACGUUGUCUGCCCUUGUCUCGCACGAUGCUGUCAGGUGACCGUCACCGGACGCCGUACAGAGGAGCAGCGGGCUUUGCUACGUGCCCUGGUUCAUUCACCGGAGGAAACCUCGAACACGAUGAACAGGAAGCCGUGAAACUACGUGGCACGUGCCGAAGUUCUAGCAGUGGUGUUCUUGAUGAUGUUAUGUACAAGAGGAUCAACUCCAGCAGCUGCAUCCGGUUUGCUUUUGGCACCGUUGAUGCUCACCCCACGAAGCUCAAGCCAGUUGACUUCGUCGACAUUGUGCCAACCUCGCUGGGGAGAGAACUGCGCUCUAAGUCUGCGUGUGGUUCGUCCAUGAUGGGCAUGGGACGGGAGGACGGACUGUUCCGCACGGACGACUCUGCUUCCACCACACCCACUAGCUCUUCCGGUUCCACCUUCGACGACGGCCGGCGAGGCGGGCGUACCGACACCAAAACCAUUCCGAGAGCUUCACGCUGGUCAGCGGCCUGCGGCGCAUGCGCCUAUGAGACUCUCGCCGAACAAACACUGGCCAGCGACACUGGUGUCAGUGACCGGUGCCUGGGUAGCGACAACGACGACGCCAGCGAUUCGGACGGCAAGGGGGACAUUUUUGUGUUGAGAGACGAUCGGGACCGCCGACUGACCGGCCCCAUGAUCAACUUGCGCCAUCGUAUUAAGAACUUCCGGGUCAGCUCCUUCCUGACGAAGGAAAUCAAGGCCGCUCGCCAGCUGGGUGUCAUCAUGGGCGCCUUCACACUCUGCUUCCUGCCCUAUUUCAUCCUCUUCCUUGUCGUGGCUUUCUGCGAUGACUGCAUUGAGCCCGGGCUGCUGACGGCGGCUACAUGGGUGGGCUACCUCAACUCCACCCUCAACCCGUUCCUCUACCCGCUGUGCAACAUCACCUUCCGGCGAAAGUUCCGCUCCAUGCUGCAGAGGCGGUCUUCGUCAUCCGCCACGCACCACAGCUGUUACGACCGGAACAGCAUGAGCAGGGCACGAUACGACUGACAGAUGGCUGUGCUCAAACACUUUGUCAGAUCACGAUCAAGGCAUUUGUCUUUUUCUGGUUCCUAUUCUUGAAUCAUCUCUGUGACGACGGCCAAUGUGCAAUAUGUGGUCUUAAAUGCUGAAACCAAUUUUGGAUGACUUAUUAUCUAGCACGUGUCAAAAGUGUUUACGUGAUAAAAAAUAAUGUCACGAAUUUGUUUCCACUCUUAGAAUCACACGCACAACUAUACGAAAGGUGUGAAAGAUUUAACCAGAACAGAGAAAACAAAACGAAACACAUGUCAAAAAUAUUUCAAAUUUGAGUAGAAAUUUAUUCUGUUUACAAUUGUCACCACCAUUUAUUCUGGACAUCCUAAAGUAUGCAACGAAGACUUUGCGAUUGAAAUGAACGAUUGGUCUUUUUUUUAACUUUCGUCUUAAUUAGUUGAUUAUUUCGUUGAGCUUUAAUUCCUGUUGUUUUGUUAUAAUGUGAGAGAUAUGCCAGGUGUGUCCGUGUAAGUACAAACGUAAUUCGAGGACUGCUGACGGUCUGCCGGGUCCAAACUGAAUGUUUUUAGUUUUAAACGAACCAUUUAACAGCUUAAUAUCACGACUUGCUGUAAAACUCUUAAAGUCGACAGUAUACUUACAAUACGUUUGUUAGUUUUAACUUUUUCUUUGGAAAAAGCCGUCGUUCUCAUUUCUUAGAUCCAAUAAAUUGAAAACACAGCAGACGAUACAAUGUAAGCUUUUGUACCUCCGUCAUCGCGAGAGCUCGCAUCGUCUGCUUUUCUUUUACGUUGUUGGGGGUCGUCUCCAAGCAGUCCAGCUCCUACUUGAUAGUGAGAAAAGGUGCGGUAUAAUAACGGUAUUUAUUUACUUAACAUUACAGCCAACAAAAAUCAUGUUUUGCAGUUUAAUUGCAGGUCAAAGCUUGUCGACUUGUACAUCCAUCUUUCCACGCUUCCAAUUAUCA